AUGGCAGAUAGCACAGCAUCCAGUGCCGCCCCGGGUGGCUUCCUUCCACAGUCACUGCCAUCGCCAGCGCCUAGCACAAGCUCGCCAACCACAUCUCUUGGCUUGCCACAUCCCCGAGGCCACUCGCUGAGGCCCGGAUCAGCCAAGGAAGAGCAGGUGCGCAGGUACGCCGAAGAUCGCUUGCUGCACAUCAGCCGGCGCUACGUCAAGAAGUACAGCAUAUCGUCGCCUGAUGACGAUGUCGUCGGCUACAAGAGCCUGAGCGAGCUGUGCAAAGACCUCGACAGCCUGAUCAACAUCCUCUGGCUCUCUGGCACUCCCAGCCUACAAGUACCUUAUUUCCUCAAUAUCAGCAACGAAUUCCUUACCUGGAUGACCUCAUUCCCGCCCUCCCCGAACGCCACGUUUGUCACCCUUCGGAAGCUUGAUCAUUGCUUUGCCAGUCUUCUGGCAGGUGAAGAUAUCGAAACGAAAGAGGUACUGCCGGGAUUCGAGAGAGGGCUGAGGUCUGGCCUCAGCCGGACGGACAUGGUGCGGUGCAAGAGCGUAGUCGAGCAGACGAGAGUACUGGUUGUGGAUGUCAUGAGCCGCGAGCCCGAGGAUGAGGAUAUGGACGAGGAGGAGACGGACGGUAACGUCACGGAGAGCGGCGCAGCGACCGACUCGAACAUGUCCAGCUCGAACUGGGAGGACGAUGACGACCCUUUCGAGAUGGAUGUUGCACGCGUCUACGAGAACACAAUUGUGGCUCUGGGAAAAGCCUUGGGCGAUGGCGGCGCGAUGGGCGAUAUCGCGAAGACAGCCGAAGCGGCACCUUCUUGA